AUGAUCUUUGAUGAUGAUUAUUUUGAUGAUAAUUUUAUUGAUGAUGAUGAUGAUUUGGAUGAUGAUGAUGAUACUGAUGAUUUGGGUGAUGAUUAUGAUUUGGAUUAUGAUGAUGAUGAUAUGGAUGAUGAUGGUGAUUUGAAUGAUGAUUUGGAUUAUGAUGAUGUUGAUGAUGAUGAUUUUGAUGAUGAUGAUGAUGAUCAGGAUAAUGAUGAUUAUGAUGAUGCUGAUGAUGAUGAUGAUGAUGAUUAUGUUGAUGAUUCGGAUGACGGUGAUGAUGAUGAUGAUGAUGAUUCGGAUGUUGAUGAAAAUGAUGAUGUUGAUAUGGAUGAUGAUGAUGAUUAUAAUGAUGAUUAUUUGGAUGAUGAUGAUGAUGAUUCGGAUGAUGAUUAUUAUGCAUUGAUUAUGAUGAUGAUAAUGAUGAUUCAGACGAUCAUGAUGAUGAUGAUUUGGAUGAUGAUGAUGAGGAAGAAGAUGAUUAAUUUGAUGAUGAUUAUUUGGAAGGAUGAUGAUGAUGAUGACGGUGAUGAUUCGGAUGAUUUGUAUGAUGAUGAUGAUCAUUUAUUCGAUCUUGAUGAUGUUGAUAUUGAU